AUGCGUCGCACAAGUCACUGUAGCAUAUCUCCGAGUCCCGCGAGCUCCGUGGGGGGGUCCUCGGCCCCCACGACACCGCGUGAACUCGCAACAACCACUACAGCACGAGCAUCCGUCGCUAUCCGCCAAUGCACGUUCCCACAUUGCCAUAACAAGGUGCGGUCCAAAGGCCUGUGUAAAGCUCAUGGCGGUGGCCUUCGCUGCAUGGCCCAAGGCUGCACUCGCAGCUCACAAGGCAAGGGGUACUGCAUCCGCCACGGCGGCGGGAAGCGCUGCUCCAUGGCAGGAUGCAGUCGUUCGUCCCAGUCUAACGGAUUUUGUAAAUCCCACGGCGGUGGGCUUCGCUGCCAGGAGCCCAAUUGCAACAAAAGUUCGCAAGGCGGGGGGUACUGCCGCUUGCAUGGCGGUGGCCACCGCUGCCAACACGACCAGUGCGACAAAAGUGCCCAACGCGGCGGAUACUGCUCCACCCACGGCGGCAACCGCGCGUGCAAGUUCCCCGACUGCACCAAGAACGAUCGCGGUGGCGGGUACUGCGCCGAGCACGGGGGUGGACGGCGGUGCACGUUCGAGUCGUGCAACAAGCCCGCUCGAGAACAAGGCAUGUGUUCGCAUCAUGCUGCAGCAAUGUCCGGUGGAGCACUCAUACUGGCGCCGCCCACGAUGUUGCCGUCGCCGAUGACCGCCACCAACAUGGGAUCGCUGGACGUGUCGUUUGGGCAAACUCUUGCGUAUCACCACACGAUGUAUCCGCCAGUCAGCCAAGACCCCCACACCCGCAAUUUCCCUAGAUCAGUGUCCUUCAAUUCGUAUUUCCACGACGUCGUAUCGACCGACGCGUCGAUGCCUCGCGGGUUUAGUGGCAGCGACGUCGUGCACGAGUACUUCACAAAGGCCGAGUCAGCACCACCGUACCCGCACCACGAUCAUCAACAGCACCACAUGGCCACGAUGGCGUCGCACGCGGCGCACCAAGCGUCGUUGAGUUCUGGGUAUCGGUUCGGGGUACCGCCGUAUGCGUUCUCUAGCCCAUUGCCCGUGCCCCCUUCAGCAUCGGCCAACAUGUACACGGUCCCGUCAUCGGGCGGCCCGUCGCACCAUCCCAGCUACCACCACCAAUCGUUGCCGCACGACGAGAUAGCCAUGCAUCCCUCGUCCUUCCUUCCCGACCCGUUGCCGUACCCAUACCCAGAACAGUGCACCACGGGCAGCCCGUCCAUGCUGUACCACCCACCCCUCGCUCGAUUGCCCCAUAGUCACCACACGGACGGGUUGGCAGCGACCCAUCAAGCGGGGACGGGCAUCUUUUCGCCGCCGCGACGCGAUUUACCCUAGCUGAAUGCAUGCAUAACCCGUUAACUUAUCGCUCAACUCAAACGAAUCGGCGCCUGAUCGCAGUUGCUGCGUCGCGUUCGUGCCCAAGACGAGUCGAAACAUUCGUCGUUCCUGCCGACAACAUAGCACGCCGGCCUCGCCGGAAUUUUGCGCACGUCAACCGUACUCGCCAUGAAGCAACAUUGCACAAUGCAGACACAACAUAACCAUGCGUCAAGCAUGCGCCAGCGCUUCGAGUUCGAGCACAACGUCGCGAGGAGUCCAUCGUGAUGGUUGUGGCGCAGCAGCGACGGACACUUGGACAUGGCAUGUCGUGCUAUCAACAAGCGCCACAGUAAGGACGAAGGCGGGAGAGGAAGUCGCGAGGACGACGUAGUGGCCUUGGGACUCAAGGACGAUUCCGUCGGCUGGAGACAGUUGGAGAACGUCCCGAAGGCGCGCGACGUCCAAAAGUGCCGACUUGGUGGACGAAGGCACGUCAACGACACUUUCGAAGGAGGGAGAGAUCGACCAUUGUUGUACCAAGUACACGCUGAAGUCGUUAGUCUUCUGCAGCCGUUGGCCGCUUCCUGGGCUCACGCAGGACACGAUAAUCUGUCCGUUGUACUGAUCGAUGGUGGGCAGGUUGAGAGGGAUGACCGCCGACGCGUGGGCACCAACGUCAACAUCUUCAGGGGAUGUCUUGAAGUCGAGGACAGGGUCGUCGUUUGCAUCACUAGAAACUUCAGGGAAGCGACGGCGGAUCGAGAUGGCACAGCACACAACAGGGAUCGGAAUCGCGCCAGAGUUCUUCACGUCCAAAUGAAGCAUCGGCGCACAUGUACCGGAGCUCUGUUUGAUUUCGCAGCGGACGUGAAGACUCUGCAGAAGCAGGUGCUCCAUCAUGUCGUUCAUCAUGCGAGACAUGCCAACGCUUUGCUCCAUGCUCGUGCGGAACUUGUCCAACAUGGCGCCAAACUGAGCUUGCAUACCUUCCGUGUACACCUUCAUCAUAUCGGCCAUGUCAUGGGUGUCGCCGCUCGUCGCCGCCAUCACGUGCCUCGAGAGACCUUCACCGCAGCAACCCGUGGCCAAUCAAAAUCGGG